GGAUUAGAAAGGACGUCCUCCAGUGCCGCGGCUCUGGUCCAGUUCCAGCUGGGCCUGUUCAGGGAGGUGGUUCGAGUCCCGGCCGGGAACCUGAGCUACCGCCAUGCGAGGAGACUGGCUGCAGAGGUCAUCGAGAGGAAGGCUCCAGACUGCAGUGUGGUGGGCGGGGGGGAGAAGAUUCUGCUGUUCAGACAUCAGCCCGACUCGGAGCAGCUGCUGCAGCGUCUGACCAAUCAGGACGAGCUGCAGGACGGAGACCUGAUCGAGGUCGUGAUCGCAGGGUCAGCCUCUGUGACUGAGAUGAGGAUCCGCCCCCACUCCCUGGUGGUGCAGUCGUACCGGAGCCCCACCUUCUGUCACCACUGUGGGGAGAUGCUGUGGGGCCUGGUGCGUCAGGGCCUGAGAUGUGACGGCUGUGGGCUGGACUUCCACAAGCGCUGUGCCUUCCUGUUGCCGAACAACUGCAGCCGGGCCCGGCGUCCGGUCAGCACCAGCCUGUCCCUGUUCCCCCCCCGACGGCCCCGGACCCACUCCCUCUCCAACCAGGCCGGGGGCAGCCUGGAGGAGAUCAGCACCAGCAGGCCCUCGUCCAGGCCUCCGUCCUGGGCCGAGCCCCCCGUGUGGCUGGGGGUGGGCGGGGGGGACAGGGCUCAGGUGCCUCACACCUUCCACAUCCACAGCUACACCAAACCCACCGUGUGCCAGUGCUGCCAGCGGCUGCUCCGAGGCCUGUUCAGACAGGGGCUGCAGUGCUCCGACUGCAGGUUCAACUGCCACCGGCGCUGUGAGCCUCUGGUGCCCCGGGCCUGUCCGGGCGAGAGGAGCCGGGUCAACGGGGAAGAAUCCACAGCAGCUGGUCACAGCAGGGAACCCGACCCAGAGGACGAUGAGGUCAUCACCACGCCACACCUCUCUGAUGACGACAUGUCCUCUGACGGCGACGCCCCCACCGACACCAAGGAGGUGGAGCGAGAACCAAUGAGUCCGUGCUUCAGCAGCAACAUCCCUCUGAUGCGUCUCGUCCAAUCGGUGCAUCACAGUAAGACGAGAGGCGGGGGGGUGCUGAGGGAGGGCUGGCUGCUGCACCACACCAGCACAGACACAAUGAGGAAACGUCAUUACUGGAUCCUGGACUGGAAGAGCAUCACCCUGUACCCGAGUGAGAGCAGCACCAAGUACUACAAAGAGAUCCCUCUGUCUGAGGUGCUGCAGGUCCGAGGCCCCGCCCAGCUGCCCACGCCCCCAGGAGACCACGCCCACUCCUUCGAGCUGGUGACGGCCUCCCUGGUGUACUGCGUGGUGGCCGGGGGGGAGGGGCCGGCGUGGGAGAGCGCCAUCCACCAGGGGCUGAUGCCCGUGGAGAGCAGCGGAGGAGGAGGGGGGGGCGGCGAGGAGGAGGAGCACGAUCAACGUUCACAGAACACGGACGUCAGCUCCGUGUACCAGAUCUUCACAGACGAGGUGCUGGGCUCGGGUCAGUUUGGAGUCGUGUACCGAGGAACUCACAGGAAGUCGGCGCGGCCAGUCGCCAUCAAGGUCAUCGACAAGACGCGUUUUCCCACCAGACAGGAGACGCAGCUGAGGAAUGAAGUGUCCAUCCUGCAGAACCUGUCGCACAACGGUGUGGUUCUGCUGGAGGGGAUGUUCGAGACCGUCCAGUACGUCUUCGUGGUGAUGGAGAAGCUCCACGGGGACAUGCUGGAGAUGAUCCUGUCCAAUGAGAAGGGACGGCUCCCUGAACGCAACACGCGCUUCCUGGUGGUGCAGAUCCUUGAGGCCCUGCGUUACCUGCACUUCAAGCACAUCGCUCACUGUGACCUCAAACCGGAGAACGUCCUCCUGGCCUCGGCCGAGCCCCUCCCCCAGGUGAAGCUGUGCGACUUCGGCUACGCCCGCAUCAUCAGCGAGAAGUCCUUCCGCCGCACGGUGGUGGGCACGCCGGCCUACCUGGCGCCCGAGGUCAUCAGCAGCAGCGGCUACAACCGCUCGCUGGACAUGUGGUCAGUGGGCGUGAUCAUGUACGUGAGCCUGAGCGGGACGUUCCCCUUCAACGAGGACGAGGACAUCAAGCAGCAGAUCACCAACGCCACCUUCAUGUACCCGCGCCAGCCCUGGGCCUCCAUCUCCCUGGAGGCUGUGAGUCUCAUCAACAACCUGCUGCGGGUGUCUCUCAGGCAGAGGUUCAGUGUGGGCAGAGCUCUGGGACACCCCUGGCUGCAGGACUUCCAGCUGUGGUGCGACCUCCGGGCGUUCGAGCAGAGGAUGGGCUGCAGGUACCUGACGCACCGGGGGGACGAGGAGCGCUGGGUCCGCUUGGCCCAGGAGACGGGCCGGGACUUCCCCUCCCACCUCUGCUGGGAGCCGGAGGACGACCCUGACCCGUGAGGUCGGGGGUCAAGGUCAGACAUCCUGUCUUUAGAUCCUGACUCGUUAGUCAGCAGUGAACCACAUGUGUUUGUGUUAGUGAGCAGCAGCGCCCCCUGCAGCCCCACAGGGGGAUGAACCGUCUCCUGAUCCACGUCCUUUAGUCAAGCUGCUGCUUCAAGAAUCAAGAGAAACAAAUCUCACUGAAGUUUGAAUGAAAAUAACGACACAAGAAACUUCUGUUUAAUAAUAAGUUUAAUUCCAAGUUAUGUUGUUUUGAGUGGCACGGUGUGAAAGUGGGUUUUGGUGGCGUCAGUGAUGAACAGUGAGUGGAGGAUGAAGGACGGAGACGAAUGAGGAGAACUCGCACUGCUGCAAACAUGGCCGACCUGUCAUUAAACCCUUGAGCCCCUCGCUGACCGGGUCGGCCACGGUCCCACGUACAGGUUCGAUU